AUGUCGGGGAAGAAGGCCAGCGAGUUCAGCAACGAGGAGGAGGUGAUCGCCGAGUUCGACCGGCUGACGCGGAACGCCGCCACCGUCCAGCGGGAGACGCUGCGGCGGAUCCUCGACGAGAACGCCGCCGUUGAGUACCUCCAGCGGCAUGGCCUCGCCGGCCGCACCGACCCGGACACCUUCCGGGCCUGCGUGCCGCUCGCCACGCACGACGACCUCGAGCCCUACAUCGCCCGCGUCGCCGACGGCGACACCUUCCCCGUCCUCACCGCCAAGCCCAUCACCUCCAUCUCCCUCAGGAACAGGGCGUUCCCCGUCGAGGGCGGCGGCAAGGCGCUGCAGUUCGUCUACGGCAGCCGGCAGUUCACCACCAAGGGUGGCCUGACGGCGGCCACGGCCACCACCCACCUGUACCGCAACGAGGGGUACAAGGCCGCGGUGCGCGACAUCCAGCUGCCGUGCUGUAGCCCCGACGAGGUGGUCUUCGCCGCCGCGGACUUCGCGCAGUCGCUCUACUGCCACCUCCUCUGCGGCCUGCUCUUCGCCGGCGAGGUCCGGGCCGUGUUCGCCAUGUUCGGGCACAACCUCGUGCUCGCGUUCCAGACGCUGGAGCGGGUGUGGGAGGAGCUGUGCCACGACAUCCGCCACGGCGCCCUGUCUCCAGCGCGGGUCACCGAGCCGGCGCUCCGCCGGGCCGUGUCCGCGCUCCUCGCGCCGCCGAACCCCGCGCUCGCCGACGAGGUGGCGCUCAGGAAGAUCCGGCACUACGCCGGUGGCCUUCCGCUGGUCGCCAUGGAUUACGGCGCGUCGGAGGGUAUGGUCGGUGCCAACGUCGAGCCGGAGGUGCCCCCGGAAUCAGCAACGUUCGCCGUGGUCCCAGACAUCGCCUACUUCGAGUUCAUCCCUCUCAAGACCAACGACGGCGGCGGAGCGGCCUGUACCGAUACCGGCACGAGCUACAACACCGAGGCGGAUCCCGUCGGCCUGACGGAGGUCACCGUCGGCGAGCACUACGAGGUCGUCAUGACCACCUUCGCAGGCUUGUACCGGUACCGUCUCGGCGACGUGGUGAAGGUGGCCGGCUUCUACAACUCGACGCCGAAGCUCAAGUUCGUGAGCCGAGGGGAUAUCGGUCCCACGCUGUGCAUCAACGUCGACAAGAACACCGAGCUGGACGUGAAGCUCGCCGUCGAUGGCGCGGCCGAGAUCCUGGCUGCCCGGAACACGUCGUUGGAGGUGGUGGACUACACCAGCCACGCGGACGUGUCGUCCGACCCGGGCCACUACGUCGUCUUCUGGGAGCUCAGCGGCGAGGCCGACGACGACGUGUUGCAGCGCUGCUGCGACGAGCUGGACCGGCGCUUCGUCGACGCUGGGUACGUGAGCUCGAGAAGGACGCGCGCCAUCGGGCCCCUGGAGCUGCGGGUACUACGGCGGGGCGCCUUCCAGAAGGUGCUGCACCACUACCUCGCCCUCGGAGCUUCGGCGAACCAGUUCAAGUUCCCGAGGUGCGUCGCCCGGUCCAACUCCGGCGUCCUCCAGGUCCUCUCCGACAACGCCGUCAAGAUCUUCUUCAGCACAGCCUACGACUGA